AUCGGAUAAUUGGUUCUCCUUGCCUCGCGUCACUUCUCCUUUCUACCUCUACUUGUUCUUCUUCUUCUUCACUUCUCAUUCUCAUUCAUUUUCAUGGCGUUAGAGUUUCAUUCAACCUAAACUCAUUCUUUUCUCCAAAACUAAACCAUGAAUCUCUCACUACCAUCACCUUCUACUUUUCGCGUCGUUCCUUCUUCGCACUGCUGCACUUCUUGCUUUCAAUUCAAUCUUCGAUUUCAUCCUUCUAACCGUUUCCGUUAUUCGCGUCGGAGUUCGUUAAAGUUGAGUCCUACUGGAAAAAGACGGAUUGCUUGUAGUGUUAAUGAGUCUGACGGUGACAAUGAGGAGGAGAAAGAAGAACAUAAAAAUGAAGAAACACAAUCUUUGAAGGAUUCUGUUGAGCAAAGUAACCCUCCGCCUGUAGAUGCAGAACAGCUAAACAAGUUUAGUGAUGAAAAUAAUGAUCAAAAUAUUGUGCAGAAUACAGAUAAUAUAGAAGUUGCCAGUGGAUCACCUCUGCCAGGAGUGAAGCUGGAUAAUGUAAUAAAAAUUCCCAAGGAAACAAUCGAUAUCCUUAAAGAUCAAGUGUUUGGCUUUGAUACUUUUUUUGUAACAAGCCAGGAUCCUUACGAGGGUGGAGUGUUGUUCAAAGGAAACCUGCGGGGGCAAGCUUCUAAAAGUUAUGAUAAGAUAUCAAAGAGAUUGCAAGAUAAAUUUGGAGAUGAAUACAGGCUUUUCCUUCUAGUCAAUCCUGAGGAUGAUAAGCCAGUGGCCGUUGUCAUUCCAAGAACUACCUUACAACCAGAGACAACUCUUUUACCUGAGUGGUUUGCUGCUGCAUCUUUUGGACUGGUCACAGUGUUUACCUUGCUGCUUCGCAAUGUUCCUGAUUUGCAAUCAAAUUUAUUAUCAACUGUUGACAAUCUGAAUUUGUUAAAGGAUGGCCUACCUGGAGCCCUUGUUACUGCACUUGUUCUGGGGGUACACGAACUUGCUCACUUUCUAGUUGCCCAAAGUCUUGGAGUUAAGCUUGGGGUCCCGUACUUUGUUCCUAGCUGGCAGAUAGGCUCUUUUGGUUCAAUUACAAGGAUAAGAAGCAUAGUAUCUAAUCGUGAAGAUUUGCUCAAGAUUGCGGUUGCCGGACCAAUAGCUGGAUAUACAGUUGGUCUUGUGCUUCUGCUUCUUGGUUUUUUUAUACCUCCAAGUGACGGUAUUGGUGUUGUUGUUGAUCCUUCUGUCUUUCACGAGUCAUUUCUUGCUGGUGGCAUUGCGAAGCUGCUUCUUGGUAACGUUCUCAAGGAAGGAACUCCAAUUUCUAUCAAUCCUCUUGUGAUUUGGGCUUGGGCAGGACUCCUUAUCAAUGCCAUCAACAGUAUUCCCGCCGGAGAACUCGAUGGAGGGAGAAUUUCUUUUUCCCUAUGGGGAAGAAAGGCUUCGAAUCGCUUCACGGGAUUUUCAAUUGUGUUGCUUGGACUCUCAUCACUGCUUAAUGAUGUAGCUUUCUACUGGGUAGCUCUUAUAUUCUUCUUGCAAAGAGGUCCAAUUUCUCCUCUAUCCAAUGAAAUAACUGAACCAGAUGACAAGUAUGUUGCUCUUGGUGUAACAGUUUUGCUCUUAGGCUUGUUAGUUUGCUUGCCGUAUCCUUUCCCGUUUAUAGACGAAACCCUCGCAAGUUUCUAGAAACAAUGGCGACAUAAACUCUGGCAGCAUCAUUAUAGUGUUAGACUGCUAGUGCAUGAUUUUUUAUUUUUUUAAUACUCAGUACACAGUAGGAUUUUCAAUGAAUCAAAACUAUCACUCUUUGUUCAUAUGCAAAGCGCCGAAAUUCUAGGGCGUAAACGUCCCAGUUUUGUAAUGGAGAAAGUACUUGGUGGUAGGAAA